AUGGCAAUAUUUUGUGUUUAUAAGCUGUCAGUAACCGAAGCUUCUAGCCUCCUUUUUCAAUCUGGUGAAAGUAAGUACAACACCAAAUACUUCGACAAUUUUACCAUUGAAAUCAUCAACAAUACGCUCAACCUGGAUUUUGUGAUCAUAAAGCCUUUAACCCGUGGCUUUAAGGUGCACCUCGACUUCUCCAUCAGCCUUGGGAAAACUAAGCACUAUCAAAGCGUAUUCUCCCAUAUUGUGGACAACUGUGGAGUUGUGGCAGCGGUGAAGAGUAAUAUUUUCAAGACCUGGUUUCAAUCCAUGCUGGAUCAUGGAAACUUCAUGUACAACUGCCCUGUAAUUGAGGGACAUUAUUUUUUGCACAACUGGAAGUUGGAUUCACAGUUGGUUCCUCAAUACUUGUAUGCGGGGGACUAUCGUAUCACUGGACACUUUUUCUUCGGAAAACUGAAGACGAAGCGCGAGGAAUUUGUUUUGGACUUGACCGUAUUUGCACUUUUGAAAAGGAAUUAG